AUGCCGCCACGCACGAAUGCGGUGUACCAAGCGCCUCGAACGGGCGGCCACUCGACCUCAUCUUAUGAGGACACACCAGAGGCUUCCGCCACCUCGACGACCGGGCGUGGCAAGCGGAAGGCCAGCGAUGAUGUCGAUGACGAGGAGAUCGAUGAAUAUGGCGACAUCGGCGACGGCACUACUCGCCAAAUCCCUGACGCCAUCACACCUGGCAAUCGCGAGACUGCACUCGGCUUCAUCGACUUUGACAAGCAACGAUACUUCUGCGCCGCGUAUCUGGGCUUUACGAAUGCAGCCGACCUGCGCCUAUUUGUCCUUUCUCACUACUUUCUACAAUACUACCUGCACUAUCGGGAGGAAGGUGCGCCUAGAGUUCGCAAGGAUACCGUCUUCAGGAUCAUUAGAGAUCACUUCCUAAAGCCAGGCUCGGACAAGAGUCGGUUCCCGCUAAAGCUGAGAGACGGAGGGAAUGCCAUCACGCAACUCCGGAAAAAGAAGAAGACUCCACGGACUGAGAGAAUGGGCAGGGAAGCAUUUCGAAAACAGCAGAUCGAGGAGACGAAAGAGUACGUCGCCCACCUUCUUAUCCUCAUGGUUGAGGACCUUGACGCACAACCCGACAGCAUCGUGGACCCCGUCCUUCAGAAACAGAGUUGGACGGGUCUGGUGGCGAACAUGCCACACAUGCAACGAGUACCCAACGUGUCAAACAAGACUGUUCAAUUUCCGAAGCUGAAGACGCGGUACAUCGAGUCAGAUCUGGAGCCCUACAACCGAGCGUACAAUCUACUCAGGUACGCAAACACCUGCCUCAACUCGUCUUCGUGGCACCAGAGGGGCAAGCUCGCUCCACGCGCUUCCAAUGUCGUUCUGCCUAACGAUGUACCGGUUUGGAUGCGCGAAGACGCACCGACAAUGGACAUGGAGGAUCAGGAAGUUGACGAUCAAUACCAUCAAGAGCAGGUUCAAGAGCAGGUUCAAGAGCAGGUCGAAGAGCAGGUUGAAGAGUUGGUGGAAGAGCAGGUUGAAGAAUUGGUGGAAGAGCAGGUUGAAGAGGAUAUCCAGGGUACCAACUCCACCUGCAGGCGCGAGGCGUCACGUUUGCCAGAGUCGGACGACGCCGACAAUCCCACGGGCCUCUUCACGAGCCCACAGCCGCAAGCACGAAAGACUGUCAUCAAGCAGGAGCCUGUCGACGACAUCAUCGACCUCACCGAGAGUCCUGAGCCAGAAGCGGGUCCAGUGAAGCAGGAGCCUAUUGACGACGUCUAUCAGUCGGCGACGAGUUCCAACAUGCGAGAGCAAGACGGGGAUGCCGCAACAGCAGAGGAGCCUUAUAGACGGCCAGCUCCCUCAAAGCGACGUCGAAUGCAACGAGAAGAGAUGGAUGAGGACGAGGACGAACAGGACCUUCAAUCGCAGUUGAAAGAGACCAAGCUGCAGCUGAAGAUCGUACAGCUGGAGCGCCGGCUUGCAGCCCAGAAGAAGGCGAAGAAGGGUUGA